ACAGCUCGUGGAAUAUUUGUAGGCGCCCGCUAUUGGUGAAGCGUCUUCAUCUGUCAAAUACGUAGGCGGGACUCGGUUUGCUGCGGCUCCUGGGCUAGGGAGGCUGAAACUGCACUUCUCUGUUUCAUAGCAAGAGCAUCUCUUAGCAAGCAGUCACAGUAACGGUGUCUCAGCGCCAGGAUCGGGAGAACUGUGGGACCUGACAAACAUCACCAUUCGCACAGGAGCGUAUAAUUCUCCACUGUUUAAAUUGCACGCCUCACCUGGAUACACCACAGUCUUCAUAAGGAAAAGAAGCGAGACGAGUUGCCAGCUCACUUAGCUGAAGGAAAGGAGAAGAAUGAUUCUCAAGCAGCAUUUACUUAUUCUUUACAGCUUCUGUGGGAUCGUUUUAAAAGCAACUGCAACGAAAAACAAAGUGAAAGGCGGCCAAGGGCAGUUUCCAAUUACUCAGAAUGUGACAGUCACAGAAGGAGGAACGGUAAACCUGACCUGCCGGGUGGAUCACAAUGACAACACUUCCCUCCAGUGGUCAAAUCCAGCUCAACAGACUCUCUAUUUUGGUGAUAAGAAAGCCCUGAGGGACAACCGGAUCGAACUGGUUCGAGCUUCGUGGCACGAGCUGAGCAUCAGCAUCAGCGAUGUGACCCUGUCAGACGAAGGACAGUACACCUGCUCCCUCUUCACGAUGCCUGUCAAGACUGCCAAGGCCUUCCUGACAGUGCUAGGAGUCCCUGAAAAACCACAGAUUGGUGGUUUUACAAAACCUGCCAUGGAGGGAGACCAGAUCACACUUACCUGUAUGACCUCUGGGAGCAAGCCCGCAGCCGAUAUCCGAUGGUUCAGGAAUGAAAAAGAGAUUAAAGGUGCAAAGGAAGUGAAUGCCAGUGGAAAGACCUUUACGGUGACAAGUACCUUGCAGCUGCAGGUGGAUCGCAAUGAUGACGGAGUUGCCUACACCUGCAGGGUAGACCACGUUGCCCUGAACACCUCACCACAGCAAACCACUCAGGUCCUGGAGGUGCACUAUGCCCCCUAUGUGGAAAUCACCCACCCACUGGUUUUUCCUCAAGAAGGGCAGUAUUUUAAACUGGAAUGCAUUUCCAAAGGAAAUCCUGUACCUGACCCAGUGCUAUGGACAAAAGAUGGUGGGGAGUUGCCUGAUCUUGACCGAAUAAUUGUCGAUGGUAGGGAACUGACCAUUAUGGCUCUGAACAAGACAGACAACGGCACUUACCGCUGUGAAGCCAGCAACCACCUUGGGAAGAGCAGUGCAGAGUACAAUUUGUAUGUGUAUGAUUUACCUACCACUAUGCCUCCAUCUUCAACAGCCCCUUCCCAAACCACCACAACAGCCACAACCACUGUAUUAUUAGAAACCACUGCCACCACUUCAGCAACAACCAGCAUCUCUGGAGCCAUGACAACACCCAAAGAAUUACCAGGCCCUGCAAAAGAUCCCAACGCCCUGAAUGAUCAGAAUGGGCCAGAUCAUGCCGUCAUUGGAGGAGUAGUUGCUGUUGUUGUCUUCGUCACCUUGUGUUUAAUAAUUGUCCUUGGCCGAUAUUUGGCAAGACAUAAAGGGACAUAUUUAACAAAUGAAGCCAAAGGAGCUGAAGAUGCCCCUGAUGCCGAUACAGCCAUCAUCAAUGCAGAAGGCAAUCAGGCCAAUGCAGAGGAAAAAAAAGAGUAUUUUAUUUAGACUCGGGCUAUUCUGCUUAUUUGAGUUGCUUAAAGUAAAAACCGGCAAAUCACCUAAGCUCAUUAUUAUUCAGUUUCAUUUCCUGCCCUGGUACUCUUUCUUUUUCAUUGUAAUUCUUUAAAAAAACUUCUACAGCCUUCUGUUAAUUGCCGGUUUUUACAAGCAACGAGCUGCUGAAGAUGUCGCCUUUUAUAUUUACAUUCUAUCCAUAUAACAAAAGCCUCCAGUACCAUUUAGACCAUACUGUUUACCCUUUGCUUACACAGUGCCUAAAUAUACAGACAUCCAUUGAAGUUUGUUGGCUUAAUUCAUGUAUCCCAUAGAAAGGAGCUUGCUUCUUUAAUCUAAUUUUACCUUUUAAUCUGUCUGGAGACAGAAGGGCAGGUGAAGGAAAUAAUUAGUUCCACAUGUAAGUCAAACAAUGUAAACUUGUGCCAUCACAAGACCCAAAUGUUCAGAUGCAGGAAAGUGCUUUACCCUUUUAUUUUAACAUCUCAUAGCAAACCAAACAAAAAAGGAGAUAUUGUUCCUGUGUCUGUCUGUAUAUGGAACUUUCUGUACUAUUUAUAAAUUGGCUGAAGCAAGGUCAUUUACUUAAAGUAUAUAGUUUUUAGAUAUGAAAAAGUGGAUCUAAAGACAGUCGUGCAGACUUUAAGGUUUCUAGGUGGUUGCUUGUGGUACCACCUGGUAGUAUUUGAAAAGUAGCUAAUUGUAAGAUACAGUGGAUCACAAUAAACAUGUCUCACUAAAGGUCUGAGUCCUGACCUGAAUUUGUGUCCAUUUAAACACAGAAAUACACAUAAAGUGUCUAACGUAGAUGUAAAUGUCUGGUCUCUCACCAUUAAAGCACAAGGUGAAGCUAUAAUCUUGUAUGAUAAUUUGUGUUGCAUCCUUAAUGAAUAUUUAACAUUUUUGUCUGUAUAUUCCAGCACUGUUUAGCAGUAGGCUUUUUCUCUGAUCAUAGUUUGAUAAAAGAAAUGGAAGCACAAAUAUCUAAGGAGAAACAGUAUUAAUCUACCAGCCUGUAGACUGCCUCAGGAUUUGAACUAACUCUGUUAGGCUAUCAAGAGAUGUGAUUUGUAAUUGGCUGUUCCUGACUUAGGCCAAUUAAGAAAUACUGUUGGUUAAGCAAACUAGUCUACAUUCAACAAGGAAAAAAUAUAAAGGGUUAGAGUCCUUUUGAACAUAAAAAUCUGCAUCUUUUAUUUUCUCUUUAUAUAAUAAAUAAGCUCCCUUGUUAAUACAGCUGUAUAUUAUGUCUGCUAAAUGUGGUUAAUAGUGAAAAUUGUUGUUAGACUUUGAAUCCCUCAUACCUUAAAUUUGUAUAUUAGCCAAUUUAUCUAUUGAAAAUAAUCUAUAAAUAUUUUCAAUUUAUCUGUUAUUUGUCAUUGCUCAUAUUAAAAAAUGACAACUUUGUUUUCUUUCACCAGAAAGCAUGUAUAUACAGUGUAAGUACUAAAAUUUAGUAAUACAUAUUUGUUGAUUUUUUUUCAAUUUUUUAUUUUUUUUCUGUAACUGCUCUGCAAACAUUAAAAUACCAGUCUGUUAAUUUUGAAGGGGGGUUGUCAGCAUUAAAGUCUGAAACCUUCAGUAGUCACAUUACAAGUUUGCUGAGAAGGUAAAAACUGCUGCAAUACCAGAUUUCACGUGAUCAGUUUCACAUAGUGGGUGGAAAAUAGAAAUGCGUAAAAAUAACACAGUGUUAACUAAGGCCGAGAAUACACUUUUUCACCUUGACCAAACAGUCAUUUUGUAUGGUAUGAUCGUCAUUCAUAAUUUUAGGCUUAGGUGAGAUAAACUGCAUUUCUGAAGUGCGCUGCUCAAUUGAUUUUGUUAUCUCCUAACUUGAGCUUUAAACAUUCAAGUAGCAACUCUUCAUUUUUGGCACUUGAAAAAGAAGGCUAUUUUGACUUGUUUUUGCUUACUUGCAAACUGUUCCUUUUUUGUGUUGCAUUAUGUUCUUACUGUACUGUUUCUUCAUCACAUGAGCACCAUGAGCAUGGGAGAAGGAAAACUACUUAUUAUUCGUGCAGAAUGACUACGUUUGGAAAAUUUUGCUGGUUCAUAAUUAAGGUCAUUUGGAACUCCAGUCUUGUAGAUGAACUUCUCUUCACCAAGGCAAAAGUCAUCAAUGAAUAUUUAAAUGACUUAAUCAAGCAGCUUCAAUAUAACAAUCACCAUGAUUGCCUUUGUGUUCGCAGCAAACAAUGUUGAUGGCAUGUUGAAUAGUAAGCCCUAAUAUGGGAAAUUACUGUUCACCCCAAAAUGUCAGAAAAAUUCUAUCAAAGAUGAAAACACUUAACACAAAUGUGGAUACAGUCAAGCAUGAUUUGAACUUUUUUCUACUGAUUUUAUUUUCUUUAUUAAGUUGUUUAAUUGCCUUCUUUUUUGGAGUGUGUGAAGUGUUUGUGUUUCCAGUGUUAAAAUGUCUAUUUUCAAAGCUAUCGAAACACCAUUGUAAAAAUAAAUCAAUAAAACAACUAAAAAAAUAAGAAGUGGUGUAGAGUAAAAUGUUAUAAAAAAGGCUACAUACUGUAUCAUUUUGUUUUCUUCUCUAGGUAGGCUAUUGUUAUUCAUUGGCCAGGCAGAGGCCUGUAAGCAGGAAUUCAAAAAAACCUCCAGAUCCACUGUAGCACCAAUGCAACACUUCAACAGAGAGUUUUGUUCUCUCCUUUGUACUAAAAAUACUCCUCAAAACAUUGGUGUUUUACUGUGCCCUUAUCCAGACUUCUAUUUACUGUCUCUACACAUCUAUGGUAAAAAAGUAUUGUAUUGAAAGUUUGUUUCAAAAGAGCUGUUGAGCUUUUUAAUGUUUUUAGGUGAAAUUGUGUUGUUAGCAAACUGAUUAACAAUAUUCUGGACAAUUGCAAUGUUCACUGAAACAAAGUUGAGACCUCAUGUUGAAUGCAGAAGCAAGACAGUGUCACCUCUAAACAAGGGUAAAGAAAACUGGGACAUUUGUGCCUUCCAUAAGGUCAAAAUAUCUCCCUUUCUCCUGUCUCGCCCCCCAGUAUAUAAUUUGGCUCCAGCUUUCAGAGGUAAAAUAGGGAUGUCCAAAACAUUUCUGUCAACAUAAGAGGUUAAUGUUGUAUGUGUUGCAUUUGUAAUCUGUAUCUUUUUUAUUGUAAUUAUUUUAAAACAGCAAGCUUUAAUAACUUUUGACCUUAUGUUUUGUGUUUGCUACUAAAACUGGGAAUUUUUUUCUUUCCCCUUAAGGCACUAUGGAUAAUAAUGCAGCAUUUAUAUAAAGCAGAAGAAUUUCUCUCAACCUGUAAGCAACACAUAUUAACCUCAUUUUGUUAUUUGAAAAAAAAAACACUGAUGUUAUUUAACAUGAGUAUGGGCUUGAGUAGGAAAGAUAUCUUUUAGGAUAAAUGUUUUCCUGGAUAAAAAAAUGUGGAAAAAAAACAGCAAAAUCGAAAACACAAAAAAAAUCCAAGACAUUGUUCUUGCAUAUACUCUAGAUGGUCUGGUGUUUAAACAGUUCAAACUGGUUGCAUGACAUUCAGUGGCUUCCACAUAAUGUAUUUUUUAACAUUUGAAAUAAAGGACAGUAUCUGUGUGUGUUGAAACAAAUAAUGGAAACAAGACAUUUUAACAUUUCGCACUGUUCUUCACCAUUUUCAAUACUAAUUUAUGUAUGUUUUAAUUUUGAAGCCAUAAAAAGCUUGUUACAUAAAUUUAGGCUAGUACAGCAUAUCAUAAUUAAAAGUAGUGUAGUUUUUUUUUUGCAUCUCAGGAAUAUGUUUCAACUGGUUCCUGUUCAGAACCAGAACACUCUUCACCCUGUUUCCCCCAGUUCAUUGAAACCCUGGUUAUGUUGGGUUUUUAACCAUUAAACUGUUAAUAAAAAAGAAUUUCGUGUUUUCA